UCAGGCAGGCCUGGGCAGCUUCUCCUGAAAACUGGAUUCUCUUGUUUGAAGAAAUGAGUAACUGCUCAUUUCCUGAAGAAACUAUAAAGCUGUAUUUCCAUGCACUGUGACCUGUUUUUUCCCUUGCUUUCAUUGUAAAUCCCAGUUUUAAUGGAUGUUUCUUACUUUUUUUCCUUCCCUUUGGAGGACAAGAAAUUAGUCUAGAUGCAGUAAAUUGGAAGAAAUGGAAGAAAGGAAAAUCAAGAGGAGGAGCCCCAAAUCAUCUACCAGUCACCCUGCUCAGGUUACUAACUCCAAGAAAAACUCAGUGCCAGUCAGUAAAAGUACAGCCUUUUCAAAUCCUGCACCGCAGCCUGCAGUACAAAAACCAAAGUUAAAACGUGUAAUAAAAGAGAAAGCCAAACCUCCAGGAGGCGAAGCAAAAGGGGCACAGGCAGCACCAAUCCAGCAUUCUUUUCUCACAGAUGUAUCAGAUGUCCAGGAAAUGGAAAGGGGACUUCUGAGUCUCCUGAAUGACUUCCACUCUGGCAAACUUCAAGCAUUUGGAAACGAAUGUUCCAUAGAGCAGAUGGAGCAUGUGCGGAGCAUGCAGGAGAAACUUGCUCGCCUCAAUCUGGAGCUCUACGGGGAGCUGGAAGAACUCCCUGAAGAUAAAAGAAAACUAGCCAGUGACUCCAAUCUGGAUAGGCUGCUAUCAGAUCUAGAAGAACUGAAUUCAUCUAUCCAAAAACUACAUUUAGCAGAUGCUCAAGAUAUUCCAAAUAGUGCCACAGGCUGAAAGAACAGCUUUGUCAAUUUGGAUUCUUCCAGAAGCUCUUCUUUUGUUUUUUUCCUGACAGCGUAAUCUGGAACAGCUGUUGGUUUUGGUUGUUUGGUGGUUUUUUUCUUUAAUUUUGCACAGUGAAGACUCAGAGUGCAAAUCCAGGCGUUUAUUUUUUGCACAUUCCUCUUCGAGCACUGCAUUAUGUCAGGACUCAGUAUCUAGAGUUUUAUGUAGGUUGUUGUGAUACUAUGCUUUUUAUUAUUGCCCUAUUUAAUAGAAAAAUUGGGGAAACUUGGGAGUAUGUUUCUUCUGCUCAGUGUUGUUCAUAUGGUUGAAAAUUAUAUGUAAGUUCAUUAGCAUUUUUCCAAUUUUUAUGAAGGUAGUGAUGAUGAUGCCUUUCUGAUCAGCAUGUAGACAAUCUGCACACUAUCUUUAGUGUUUUGUUGAUCAGUGAUGUCACAGAUUAAUUUAUUGUUAAUAAAACAUUUUAAAUAUGACGUUUCAUGUAGAGAAGUUGCUAUCUGUUCAGCUGUGUUAAGAAAAGAAUGAGUUCUUGCAUGGUCAGAAUAUUUGCAGAGUUUACUUUUUCAUUAUUGUGCAUAAUUAUAAAAUGUCACUAAGUAAGAACUAGCAUGCAUGCUAGCAGUCCACAUAAUUUGAUUAGGUAUUGUGAAAUUCCAAAGCUGGGUAAACAGUUACUAUUCAAUAAAUCCAGUAUAUGCAA